AUGUCUUCUUCCAACAACUUUGACCGAUACCGACCACCAAGAGAAGCACCCGCUCACCCGCCAAAACCGCCGUUUAUCGCAGAGUACAACAACACUUCGCAGUCGUCAUCGCCUGCUACUACUGGGAGAAGGCGCGAGGGAGGAGGAGGAGUGCCGCCUGCUGUACCGUCGCCCCCGGUUUAUUCCUCCAGGACAUCGCCGCCGCCGCGACCGCUGCGGAGCGCCCCCUCGCCUGCCAUGUCUAGCCCGCAGAGGUCGCAGCAGCAGAGGAGGGAGCAGUGGCUGUUCACGCUGGACGAGGUGAAGAGCACGCCAAGCAUCAUGGACGGGCUGCCGAUUGGGGAGGAGAGGUUGAGGAGGGCGAAGGGGGUGAAUUUUAUUUACCAGGCGGGCAUGUUGCUGGAGCUGCCGCAGAUUACGAUUUGGGUGGCGGCGGUGUUUUUUCAUCGGUUUUAUAUGCGGUAUAGCAUGGUUGAGCAGAAUGGGGGCAUACAUCACUAUAAUAUCGCCGCCACGUCGUUGUUUUUGGCGAAUAAGACGGAGGAAAACUGCCGCAAGACGAAGGACUUGAUCAUUGCUGUCGCCAAGGUGGCUCAGAAGAACACCAAGCUGAUUAUUGAUGAGCAAUCGAAGGAGUACUGGCGGUGGCGGGAUUCGAUCCUUGCGUUUGAGGAGAUCAUGCUCGAGACGCUUACCUUCGAUCUCAUGAUUAAUAACCCCUACGGCGAGAUUUUUGACCUGCUGGCGGAGCUGGAUCUGAUCAAAAACCACAAGCUGCGGGAUGGGGUCUGGGCUUUUUGCAACGACGCGUGUCUGACGGUGCUGCCGUUGGUGUUGAGCACAAGGGAGGUGGCCAUCUCGGCGAUUUUCUUCUCGGCGACGGUGAACAAGGUGCAGAUUGAGGAUGUGAGGGGCCAGAGCUGGUGGGUGUACUUGGGGGGGACGGAGGAUAUGGCGGCGUUGGGGGUGAAUUUGAUGUGUGAGUUUUAUAGGGAGAACCCGCUGCGGAAGCAGGAGAAGCGUCCUCCCAGUCCGGAGUUUAGGCUGGAGAGCACGAGGAGGAGGGGGGAUGUGGCUUUGGGGCUUGGGGGGGUGAUGGAGGUUGGUAGUCCGGGGACUGGGACGCCGACGCCGGUGGGGACAGAUAGGGCUGGGACGCAGAGUCCGGGGCGGGGGAGGGUCAAUGGGAACGGGGUUGUCAAGGAGGAGGAGGGGGGGGUGAAGAGGGAGGGGUCGUCGUCGGCCGAGGAGAGGAGGGCGGCGGCUGUUAAGGCGAGUGUGGAGAAUGGGGAUUCGGAUGCGGCGUUGAAGGCUGCGGCGAAUGAGUUGGGGGUUCAUGAGAAUGGGGAUGGUGGUGGUGGGGGGUUGGUGUCCCCUGGGCCGAUGCUGGCGGCGAUCAAGAGGAAGAGUGCCGAGUUGGAGGAUGCGGUGGAUGCUGCGGAGAGGGAGGCGAAGAAGAUUAAGUUGCAGGAUGAUGAGGAUGAGGGAGAGAUUAAGGGGUCUUGA